AUUAUGAAAAGAAACUUGACUUCAGUGAAUGAGUUUGUUCUCCUGGGACUGACCAGUCGCCUGGAAUUACAGAUUCUCCUCUUCCUGCUCUUUUUGGUAGUUUACCUGGUCACAGUUGCAGGCAACCUCGGCAUGAUAAUACUCAUUCAAGUCAAUGCUCGACUUCACACACCCAUGUACUUUUUCCUGAGCCACCUCUCAUUCGUAGAUCUGUGCUUCUCCACCAAUGUGACUCCAAAGAUGUUGGAGAUUUUCCUAGCAGAGAAGAAGACCAUUUCCUAUCCUGCCUGCUUGGUGCAGUGCUACUUCUUUAUUGCCUUGGUCCACGUGGAGAUCUAUAUCCUGGCCACGAUGGCCUUUGACAGGUACAUGGCCAUCUGCAACCCUCUACUUUAUGGCAGCAAAAUGUCCAAGACCGUCUGCACCUCCCUCAUCACAGUGCCUUACGUGUAUGGGGCUCUCACUGGUCUGAUGGAGACCAUGUGGACCUACAACCUAGCCUUCUGUGGUCCCAAUGAGAUUAAUCACUUCUACUGUGCUGACCCACCAUUGAUUAAGCUGGCUUGUUCUGACACUUACAACAAGGAAACAUCAAUGUUCGUUGUGGCAGGGUGCAAUCUUUCCUUUUCCCUUCUCAUUAUUCUUAUUUCCUACCUUUAUAUUUUCCCUGCUAUUCUGAGGAUCUGCUCUACAGAGGGCAGACGCAAAGCUUUCUCAACCUGUGGUUCCCAUCUGACAGCUGUCACCAUAUUUUAUGCAACUCUUUUUUUCAUGUAUCUCAGGCCUCCCUCAGAGGAGUCUGUGGAACAAGGAAAAAUGGUAGCUGUAUUUUAUACAACGAUCAUUCCCAUGUUGAAUCCCAUGAUUUAUAGCCUUAGAAAUAAAGAUGUGAAAGAAGCAUUAACCAAAGAGCUCCUGAGAAAAAAAUUACUUUCUUAA